AUGAUGUGGCGUAUGCGCUGUCGCUCCAGGACAAUCUGUCUGUCCUUGGCCUUCAUCACCAUUUUCCUCCACCUCCUCCUGGCAUUUGUCUCUCUUCCCAUCUACCACCAGCCCUGUGACCCCCCACUGCUACCCAGGACACACAUCCUGAGAGACCUGGCACACACUGACUACACCUCCAUGGGGAUUCGUCAUCCAGCUGAGCCCCUGACAGAUACCAGACAAAUAGAUUAUUCCGAUAAAGGUGCCAGUAAGGAUGCCAAAGGUCAUGUGCAAACACUUUCUGACGUGGCUGAACCUGUGGAGUCUGGGCUAUCAAAACUGGAGAUGCUGUUUGACCAUCCCCUUUACAAUAUGCCCAGCCCUCCUAUCCCUGAGGGUGACUGGCUGUUGAAAGUGAAACCACAGAUCAAGGCUAGUGAGAAGAGCUCCCAGAUGUGGGUGAGUGCUAGCCAGGAAGGUUACGAGGAUACUCAGUGGAACAGCAACAGUACCAGCCACCCUCCUUGGCUGCGCUUCCACCUGGGCAUCUCCCGCUGGCAGCUGUAUCCCCAUCGUGACCCCAACAUGGAGCAGCUGACCCAGCAGCUCGCCACGCACCCCAUCGUCAGCGCAGUGCAGAAGUCUGGGGGGACGCAACUGAAGCUGGUGAUGUCAUUUCCUAACUAUGGACAAGCCAUGUUUAAACCCAUGAAGCAGGAGAGAGAUGAAGAAACCAAUUACAACCUGUAUUACUUCUCAGACUUUGAGAGACACAAUGCAGAAAUCGCUGCUUUUCACCUGGACAGGAUUUUGGGUUACAGGCGAGUGCCACCAGUGGUUGGGAGGCUGGUUGAUGUUGUCAAGGAGAUCAAAGAUGUCACUACCGACCGCAAGCUGGCCCGAACCUUUUUUACGUCCCCUGUGGGUAAUCUGUGUUUCUACGGCCAGUGCAGCUACUACUGUUCAACAGAGCACGCUGUGUGUGGCCGCCCCAGAGACCUGGAGGCCUCCCUGGCUGUCAUGCUGCCAGAUCUCUCCCUGGCUGUCCGCAGGAGCUGGAGAUCCCCCUGGAGACGCUCUUACAGCCGCAGCAAGCUGGCAAAGUGGGAGACGGAGCCAGACUACUGUUCAACUGUGACAAAGACUGCGCCGUACAAUAAAGGCACAAGACUUGUGGACUUCAUAGACAUGGCCAUUCUGGACUUCUUGAUGAGUAACAUGGACAGACACCAUUAUGAAACUUUUGAGAAGUUUGGCAACAAUACCUUCCUACUACACCUUGACAAUGGCAGAGCAUUUGGACGUCACUCCAAAGAUGAGCCUUCGAUCCUAGUUCCUCUAGAACAGUGUUGCAGAAUCCGGCGCUCCACUUGGCUCCGCCUGCGUCUACUGUCUUUGCCACAGUAUCGUCUCAGUGAUGUCAUGAGGGAGUCGCUCUCCCAUGAUCCCCUUCACAGCGUAGCUCCAUUGCUGUCAGAGCCCCACCUCACUGCUCUCGAUCGCCGCCUGAAAACUGUGCUGGAGACUGUAAGUCGUUGCCAGAAGAGACAUGGUGGUGAUGAUGAGGUCUUCUAUGAUGACAUGGCCAACUUGAAGGACAUGGUCACACCUGCUGGGUAGGGCUGUACCUCCUGUAUGUUAUUUCAUCAAUAUGUAUGAUUACAGGUCACACUGAUGAGAACAAUGAUGAGAAGCAACAAUGGAAAGGACUGUCGGUCAAAUAUUUAAGGCAAUUUUAAGACUUUUACAACACUUGCACCAUUUCCUAGGAAGUAUUGUGAUUAUUAUAAAGUAUUGAAAAUUCAGUAUUGGAAAAACAAAAAAAAACUUUCAUUAACUUGAAAAGUUGGAGCUUUCAAAUGUGAUGACAACAAAACUGGUCUGUUACAGGUUAAAUAUUUGUGCGAUUUUUGACUAUGUUUAAUCCAGGUUAGUUUAGCUGCUGACGAAGAAUUUUACUUUAGCUUUGAUAGUUGUUUUCAAUCAGUUCAUACUUUAUUCUUUUGAUCUUGGAUAUCCCAAAUAUAUUAGUAAACAUGAAAAAUUCUCUUCCAAAUAGAAAAACUUCAGUGUUAAAAUUUGAAUUUGUGAUGUCAUAGGGUAUAAAGUAUAAAGCUGCUCCACAGACAAUGAAUUGGGAGAGAUGAUCUAAAUGACACUGAGAGCAUCCAGGGGAAUGUUCUAAGUAUACAGGGACAUUUUCUGUUUCAGAACUGAAAACCCUACAGUACAAUUAAGCUCUUUUGGGUAUAAAAAAGAGAACAAACAUUCUGUGGAUCCACAAAAUCUGGCUUCUAUUCAUUGUCAUUGCAGCUUCAGACUGUUUACUUGAUGACAUCACAAGUAUGAGACUUCUCUGGUUUCUGUCUUUGAGGGAGAGCAGCUCAUGUUCAUACAUAUUGAUUAAACUUUCCUAGAGCAUGAAAUAAUAUACCAGAAUUCUUAAUUUAGGUGGUAUUCCACUUUGACAUAAUACAUUGACUGUCUUGACCUGGACUGCUCUGUUGUAAGGGAAAUGUUUUCAGUAAAAUUAACAUUUUUGCCAAUCCUGCUGUUUAGUAGGUUUUUUUAAUGCAAAUGAACAGCCCUAUACACAGUAUACAGCAUAACUUGGUAUUAUCCUCAUGAUUCCUUUGUCCUUUUAAUAUUUAAAAGACCAGUGUGUAGAAUUUAAUGCCAUCUAGUGGUGACAUUGCAGAUUGCAAUGAACUGAAUACCCUCCCCCCACCUCUUUGCCUGAUUUCAGACAGAAUUGUCAACUUGUUACACUCCACUACCAUAGGGUAGGGGGAUUUGAUUUGACCUAACCAGUCACUAGAGACCAAUGUACACCCUUAAAGCUCACAGCAUUUUAAGUCGAAACUGAUGCAUAGCCAUUCCCACGUACUGGUUUUAAGGGUGAAGUGAAGAA